UCAAGAUUAAAAAAUUAUGAAGUCCAUGGCACCCUGGUUUCCAAACCUCGUUGUACGGUUACCUGAUCAGUUUUUGUUGUUGUUUAUCAUCAUCCUACUAUUUCUUUGUUCUUCUACUACUUGUUUUGCAAUAAGUGGAGAGGCAGAGGCUCUUGUGAAAUGGAAGGACAGCCUUGAUAUGAAUCCAACUACUCAUUCUCUUCUCCGCUCUUGGAAUCUCAAUUCUACUGUUUCAACUUCUCACCGUCUUUAUAAUAAUACCCCCUGUAACUGGGUUGGGAUCACUUGUAACGGCUUUGGCAGUGUCAUCAACAUUACUCUUUACAGCAGUAAUCUGAAAGACAACAAAUUGGGUGGACCAUUUCCCAAACAUUUGGAGCGGUGUGCAAACCUAGAAAACUUGAACUUGAGAAGCAAUAGAUUCAAUGGGGCUGUUCCUUUUCAGAUUGGGAAUUUUCACUCUCUUCGAAAUGUUGAUCUAAGUCGGAAUAUGCUUAUAGGAGAUUUGCCUCCAGAGCUUGGAAAUUUGUUCUUGUUAGAAACACUCAACCUAUCCCAUAACAAUUUCAUAGGCUCAAUACCAGCUUCAUUUCAAAAGCUAGUAAGUUUGACAUCCGUUGAUGUAUCCUACAAUCAAUUAGAAGGUCCUCUUCCCCACAUCAAAGCUUUCAUUGAAGCUCCUUUGGAAGCCUUGGAAGAUAAUAAAGGGUUGUGUGGUAACAACACUAGUUUGAAGCCUUGCCCCACACCUAAAGAUAAAAAUAGAAAUCAAGCUGUAAUUGCAAUCGUAGUAUCCAUCUCCAGCAUUCUAUUUUUAUUGUUUAUCAUUGUUGGGAUUGUUUUUAUUUACAAAAGAAGAGUGAGGAAUAUGGAUGAACCAAGAGAAAUACAAACUGAAGCUUUCUUUGCAGCAUGGAACCAUGAUGGGAAAAAAGUUCAUGAAGAAAUAGUUGAAGCGACAGAGAAUUUUGAUUCCAAAUAUUGCAUUGGAGUUGGAGGGAAUGGAAGUGUGUAUAAAACACUGCUAUCAACUGGUCAACUUGUUGCUGUGAAAAAGUUCCAUGAGAAUGAUGGAAUAGACCAUCAACAAGCUUUCAAAAGCGAGACAAGUAUUUUGCCAAAAGUGCGCCAUCGAAAUAUCAUCAAGCUUUUUGGAUUUUGUUCGCAUACAAGAUACUCAUUUUUGGUGUAUGAGUUCAUGGAACUGGGAAGUUUGGUAAAGAUAUUGAGCGACAAUGAAAAGGCAACAGAGUUGGAAUGGUUCAAGAGAGUGAAUAUUGUCAAAGGUUUGGCAAAGGCGACAUCCUAUCUGCACCAUGAAUGUUUUCCAGCUAUAGUCCACAGAGACAUAUCUAGUAAGAAUGUUCUGUUGGAUGAUGAAUGUGAAGCUCACAUUUCUGACUUCGGCUCUGCUACAACUUUAGAUCCAGUCUCAUCAAAUUGGACUCCAUUUGCAGGAACCUUAGGUUACUCAGCCCCAGGUAGGUAUUCCAUCAAAGUUCCAUCAAAAUUUAAAUCCACCAAUUCAUUUUUUGAUCUCUUUGGUAACCAGGAAAUGUCAUGCUUUUCAUUUCGACAAAAAAAUAUCAUUUGAUCAAUAGACAUUGUAGCUUUUUUUCUUUCCCCCUUUUUUUUGGUCAAAACAAGAACUGAGAAGUCCCUAGCAAAAACAUAAGACAGUUGGUUUACAUGCUUAGAAAAAGGAUUUCAAACCAGAUCACAUUAAUUGUAGUUUCUACCUAUUUUCCUUUUUCAAACAACUUCGAAAACAGAUUUACCUACAAAUAGUCCUUUAUGUAUAUUUACUAGAUAAUAGAGAGGUUGAACUAAUGGUUUGGCUAUAUUCUGUAUAUGCACUUUCAAGGUCUUUACUUGCAUUUUUAGAAGAAGUUGUAUACAAUUUAUUUUACCGA